UAAGGAGGACCGAUCCCUCUGCCCGCGCGCUUAACGCACAGACACUUUGACUGGCGUGUAUGCUAGCCACAGUACGCAUUUGAACGCUGCCGAGCCUGCGUGUGCUGGCGCUCCGCUCGCGGUGAGCUCUAGCAACGCCAGCACUCGCACAUUUGAGUCCAGCCGUGCGCGGACGCGCGCAGCAUAAAAAUAUGCCAUAUGAACUCGUCGACCGCGCCACAAACGCAGCGCGCGUCAUCCCGCCGCGAGGGGCGUGGCUCACGAUUGGCCGGGAGCCGCCUGAGGAGAACGACGUCGUCAGGCACGAGCAGGAGGUCUCGAGACGCCACGCGCAGCUGCACGAGGCGCGCGACGGCAUCAUGUUGCGCGUGCUCUCGCCGAACGGCGUCUACAAGCACGGCGAGAGGGGGCGCAUCGCGAUGGAUCCGGCGACCGGCGUUGAACCAGAGUUUGGUCCACUGCACGACGGCGACCAGUUCUCGCUGCUGAGGCCAGGCAAGUUCGACGACGACGUGGCGUUCUUCAUCCGCCAGGUGUCUGCUGCGGCGCCGGCGCCGCCCGCGCUCGUGGACCUGACCGGCGACGACUCGCCGGCCGCCGACCCGACGCCGUCGUCGCGGGACGCCGCGUCCGAGGGCGCCUUCGCGCCGCCGGCGCCGGCGCCGCGGCGCGCCUCGCCGCCCUCGCCGCGCGCGCGGCGCCUCCGCUACGACGACGCGUCGUCGCGGUCGCGGUCGCCGCCGCCCGCGCGCGACCGCUCGCCGCCCGCCGAGCCGCCGGCGCGCCGCCGCGACCGCUCGCCGCCCGCCGCGCGCGCGAGGUCGCGGUCGCCGAAGCGGCAGAAGCAGAGCGUCGCGACGCCGCUGCGGACGCACGUCAUCGACGCGGAGGAGGGCACGUACAGCCAGGACGGCUCCAAGCUGGCGAUCCGCCCGGCGCCGGCGGCGAACCGGCCGCACGGGACGCCCACAAAGGCGCGCCUGACGCUCCUGAGCUGGAACCUCGGGUCGGAGCAGCGGUUCCGGAGCUUCCAGCGCGACGUGCUCGCCGUCGCGGCGACGGUGAACGCCGCGUGGGCGCGCGCGAAGGCGCGCGGCGCCGGCCUCGUCGUCGCGUUCCAGGAGUUCGACCUCGGGCCGCGCGGACGCGGUGUCCUGGUGUCGUCCGAACCACCGAGUACUCACACUUUUCGCGCACGACGCAGGCCCGGCGCGGGGGGCUUGAGGACGCACCGGCUGCUGAGCCAGAAGCUGGACGACGAGCUCGAGUGGGCCGCCCUCGACUGGCUCGACGAGACGAAGAGGGAGCGGUGCGAGGCGCUGCUCGUGUCGCGCGGCGCCGUCGAGGUCGUCGACGUGGGCCGCGACGUGAUCAGCGGCGACCCGCAAGUGUGCGCGGACGAGCGGAACCGGGCGCGGGAGCGCAGCCUCAAUGGCUUCCAAGCCGCCGACGGCACGUUCGUCGCGCCGGACCCCGACGCGGCCGGCAAGAAAGUCGUCAGUGCCGAGGAUUUGACCAGGGAGACGGCGGGCCGCACGUUCCCGUGGGCCGAGCUGCGCGUGCGCGCGCGCGGCGGCCGCGCCGGGGCGCCGCCCGCGGCCGUCAAGAUCGCGGCGUGCCACGUGCGGAACGGGGACCGGGUCAUGCGCGCGGACGCGCGCCGGUGGCUGCGGGCCAACGGGCGCGCGCCGGGCCGCGUCGCCGCGAUCCUCGCGGGCGACUUUAACGACGACCUGACGGCGGCGAGCCGCGCCGACAGCGACUACGCGCGGAGCCUCUGCCGCGUGCUCUGGCCGCGGCGGGCGGCUGGCAACGAGAAUUACCCGGAGGCGUAUUGGGUCCACGAGAACAACAGCGGCGAGAAGACGCGCAAGUACGACCCGCGCGCCGAGGCGCGGGACGCGGGCUUCGACCACCGGGGCUGGGGCUGGGGCUCGUACCACGGCUACCACGGCCUUGCGCGCUUUUACGACGGCCAGUUCGUGAACAAGGGCCGCAUCAUCGACGGCGCCAUGUGCUUCGGCGAGUCCGAAUCGGUCCGGUGCGACGCCGCGCGGCUCGUCACCGACGGCUUCGACUACGCGGACAUCGACGAGGACGCGGGCGAGGAGCUGGCGGCGGUGAUGCGCCACGCGCCGUCGGACCACUUCCCCGUGCAGACGGACCUGACGCUGGCGCUAUUUCCCACGCGCGCGCGACAAACUGGCGCGGUUUUGUAA